UUUAUUCGGAGUGCGUUGCCCAAGAAAGCCCAGUUGCUUAGUUGUGAAGAACAGUUCACAAAGUGCUGUUAGGAACCAGACGAGCCAAUCAGUAGAUUUCCAGCCCCGGAAUGAUGAAGUGGGCGGUGCUGACGCUGGCGCUGAUGGGCGUGGCGUGGGCGGAGUUGGCUCCACCCGAGAGAUCCUACAAGAUCCUGAUGCUGUUGCCAGUCUCCUCGAAGAGCCACAGGAAUGUCUUCUUGCCGGUUGCUGAGGGAUUGGCAGAUCGAGGACACAAGAUCGUGAUCCUGGCCAACCACCCUCCGGCAUUAAAUCACCCCAACGUCGAAGAAAUCAACCACGGUCUGUCAGAGUUCAACACGGAGGCCAUGGACUUGUUUGCAAUGAGACCCGACCCGGCUGUUGUCUUCAAGGUGUUGCAAGACGCUCUUCCCAUCAUCGCCAGGAAGCUGUACAAGAUCCCGAAAGUUAAAGAGCUUUAUGACAGAAGAAAGGAAUUUGACCUUUUAGUUAUCAAUCACAUGUUUAAUGAGGUUGUAUACCCCUUUGCCCACGAGAUGCCCUUCAUCACCGUAGCGACACCAGGCAUGGAUUCUCGCCAAAGUGCUGUCUUCGGCAACGUCCUGAACCCAGCGUAUGCGCCAACUUUCAUGAAUGCUUUCCCCCUCCCCAUGAGCAUGAUACAACGCUUCCUCAAUACCAUCGCACACAUCAGGAUUGCUGCCACCUGGCGGUACUUCGAUGUCCUCCCCUCUGUACAGAAGGAGAUCUCAUCCCAGUUCCCGGACCUUCCGCCGCUGCUGGACAUUGAACGUAACCAGAGCCUUGCCUUGCUCAACUCCCACUUCACGGUGACUGGCGUUCUGCCUCUUCUGCCGUCCCAGGUGGAAGUGGGGGCCAUGCACUGCCGUCCUGGCAAGCCGCUUCCAGAGGAUUUAGAAUCGUGGAUCAGUGGCGCAGGAUCAGAGGGCGUCGUGUACUUCAGUCUCGGCUCCAUGGCUCAAGGUCAGUCGAUGCCCAAGAAGUACCGAGAUAUGUUCGUGGAGGCCUUCAAGCAGCUCAAACAGCGAGUCAUCUGGAAGUACGAGGUGGCGCUGGAGGGCGUCUCUGACAACGUGCUGAUGCGGAAGUGGCUGCCGCAGCAGGAUAUUCUCGCUCAUCCAAACGUCCGGGUCUUCAUCACCCACGGAGGACUCCUCAGCACUCUAGAGUCCUUCUACCACACCACGCCAGUCCUCGCAGUCCCCAUCUAUGCGGAUCAACCCAAGAAUGGCAUGAACAUACAGGCCAGCGGACUCGGGCUGAUGCUGGUCUGGGAAGAGCUGACGGUCGAGCUCAUCGUCAACAGCCUCAAGGAACUCCUCAAUAACCCUAAGUACAGAGCCACAGCCGAGGAGGUUCGGAGCGCCCUCCGCGACCAACCUCAGAGCCCGAAGGAUCGCGCGGUGUUCUGGACCGAGUACGUGAUCCGGCACAAGGGCGCCCCCCGGCUGCGGUCUCCGGCGGCGACGCUGUCGUGGGUCGAGUUCCUCAUGCUGGACGUGCUGCUGGCGCUGCACGUGGCCGUGGUCGUGGCGGUGUACGUGCUCCGCCGCCUCGUGGGAGCCGUUUGCUCGCGGGUCCUCGGGUCCCGGAGCACAGGCAAGAAGAAGAAGAAGGAGUGAGGGUUUGAUCAGUAGUAUAUAUAUAUAUAUAUAU